UGAAUUUUCAACAGCCAGAGAAUUGGAGGUGUGAGAGGGACAGCACAUGGCUUCUUCAUGGCUCAAGUUUUUGACAGCACCGCUUCAGCUUCUUAUCGCCCUCCUCCACGUGGCUGCUUCUUCCUCCAUUUCCAGCCGCUGCUUCACAACCAUAUACAGCUUCGGAGAUUCCAUUGCCGACACCGGAAACUUAUACUUUGACAUUAACACCGAUCAUCACAUACCACCGUCGCAAUCUCUCGUAUUAAACCUUCCUUAUGGUGAAACCUACUUCCAUCACCCAACUGGAAGAUGGUCUAAUGGCCGCCUUAUCAUCGAUUUCUUUGCUGAGCACAUGGGAAUUCCGCUGCUGAAACCUUACUUGGGAAUCAAGAAUGGCAAGAUAAGAGAUUGGAAGCCCAUGGAGGAGGGAGUCAACUUUGCAGUUGGAGGUGCCACUGCUUUAGAUCCCAGCUUCUUCGUGGAUAAGGGUAUAAAUGAUAUUGCCACCAACUAUUCUCUCGGAGUGCAGCUAGAUUGGUUCCUACACUUGCUUCCUUCCAUUUGUAAUUCUUCUUCAGGCUGUAAAGAAAUUCUUGGAAAGUCUUUGUUUUUUGUUGGGGAGAUUGGUGGCAACGAUCUCAACCAUCCUCUCUUUCAGUAUACGAGUGUAGAUGAAAUAAUGAGGACGUAUGUGCCAAAUGUGAUAAAUGAAAUCUCUUCAACUAUCAAUAAAUUAAUUGAUGUGGGGGCUCAAACUCUAUUGGUUCCCGGAAACUUUCCUCUUGGAUGCUCUUUCUUCUAUUUGAAUAUAUACCAUACUACUGACAUGGGAGAGUAUGAUCAUGCUGGUUGUCUCAAAUGGUUAAAUAAGGUUGCUAAAGAUUACAACAAGAAGCUUUAUGCUGAACUCAAUCGACUUCAAGUGCUUCAUCCCCAUACAAACAUCAUUUAUGCAGAUUAUUAUCAUGCUGCCUACUCAUUAUAUCAAUCUCCAAGCCUAUUUGGAUUCACAAAUUCAACUCAUGAUGCUUGUUGUGUUCCCGAAAAUGUGAAUAAUAAUUACGAUUCAUCGGUGCGUUGUGGAGAUCCAGAGGUGAUUGCUUGUGAUGAUCCAUCCAAAUAUAUUUCAUGGGAUGGUAUACACUUAACUGAAGCAGCAUAUAAAUGGAUUGCCAAAGCUCUAUUGAAAGGUUUAUACACUAAGCCUAAAAUUAGUAUCUCAUCGUCAUGUGAUUCAAUGAUAUGAUGUAGGUUCGGGAUACUCCCUUGUUCCACAGUCCGGGGCUAUUUAAACUAACCAAUUCAGAAUUCUCCGAUGUACUAGUAUUAGCAAUAGCAAGUGCAUCUUUGAUGCAGUCAUCAAUUCUCCCGAGAGGCUACAAUUGCCGCGAGCAAACAUAUUAAUGACGAGGAAGGCAUUUUUGUUUUUGCUAUGCUACAAAUACUUUACUUGUUCUGCUAUUCUGCACAAGCCUGGCUGAGGAAGAAUUACGAAGGGUAAAAAUAUGCGGAUUAAAAGCUAAAGCUUAGGACAUACUUUUUUUAUUUAGAAAUAUCCACCAUUUACGAAAAUUUUGUUUCUUUUUUAAGAAAACAGUCCCCCAAUCGAAUUGUUUGGGAUUCACAAGUGAAUCAAUUUAAAAGAGACCUAAAGUUAGGGAUUUCUCAA